CGUGGCAGCGGGCAAUGCGAACGCGGUGGCGAGGAGAAUACUGGAGAAGCUGCCAGUGGACGGGGACGCGCGUGUGUCGUACACGCACGACCGCCACGUCUUCCACAUCCUGCGCGCCGAUGGGCUCGUCUUCCUCUGCAUGGCCGAUGCCCCCUUUGGACGGCGAGUGCCAUUUGCAUACCUGGAGGACGUGCACAUGCGGUUCAUGAAGACUUAUGGGCGAGUGGCUGCCACAGCGCUCGCAUACGCCAUGAACGACGAGUUCUCGCGCGUGCUCGCCGCACAGAUGGAGUUCUUCUCCUCCAACCCCAACGCUGAUACCAUUAGCCGCGUCAAGAAUGAAAUCAGCGAGGUGAAGUCAGUGAUGGUGGAGAACAUAGACAUGGUGCUGGACCGCGGUAACCGCAUAGAGCUGCUAGUGGACAAAACCGCCACCCUGCAGGACAACACGUUCCGCUUCAAGAAGCAGGCGCGCGCUCUCAAGCGAGCACUGUGGUGGAAAAACACCAAACUCAUGAUUGCCAUGAGUGGAGUCAUUCUUCUUGCGCUGUACCUUUUCGUGGCCCUGUUUUGUGGGGGGCUAUUUCUUCCGUCUUGCCAUUCGUAA